GUGGUGCCUGCCUUCAAAUAGCAGAAGAGGAAGCAGAGAGCGGGAACGCGUACAGUUUCAGCUACGUUCUCCUUUAGAGCUUUUCUCUCGACUGUAGUGCGCUCCUUUACUUCGCUCGCAAUUUUUUUUCUUUUCUCUCUUUUUUUUUCUGGAGAUCUGUGCGCUUGUUUCUUCAUUCUCCGAAAACUUCGCUCGGAGAUCGAUUCAUUCACUCGGACUGUUGGCAGCAAUGGCCCCACCACUCGAGGUUCCUGCCAAAACUUUCAUGGAGAAACAUGCUUCACGUCCUCUCCUCAAUGAGAGGAUACUCUCUUCCAUGUCCCAAAGAUCAGUUGCUGCACACCCUUGGCAUGAUCUCGAGAUAGGACCUGAAGCCCCGAAAAUCUUCAAUUGUGUGAUUGAGAUAGGAAAAGGGAGCAAGGUGAAGUAUGAACUUGACAAAACGACCGGUCUUAUUAAGGUUGACCGGAUUCUUUACUCAUCGGUUGUUUACCCCCACAACUAUGGGUUCAUCCCUCGUACCCUUUGCGAGGACAGUGAUCCUAUGGACGUUCUCAUCAUCAUGCAGGAACCUGUAAUCCCUGGAUGCUACCUACGAGCCAAAGCCAUUGGCCUCAUGCCAAUGAUUGAUCAGGGCGAGAAAGAUGAUAAGAUCAUCGCAGUCUGUGCUGAUGAUCCCGAGUAUCGCCAUUACAAUGACAUCAAGGAGCUUCCUCCUCAUCGUUUGGCUGAGAUCCGCAGAUUCUUUGAAGACUAUAAGAAGAACGAGAACAAGGAAGUAGCCGUUAACGACUUCUUGCCCGCGACAGCAGCAUAUGAUGCCAUUCAGCAUUCCAUGGAUCUUUACGGAGAUUACGUCCUCGAGACCUUGAGGAGAUGAUUGCCCGACCAAGCAAGUGGCCUUGAGACAGACGACAGACGAAACAGUGCUUUUUAAUCACAUUUGUUUUCUUACAUAUAGAUACAUGAAUACGGUGGUGGGAUACUGUCUCUCAUGGUUUUUUGUUGGGUCCAAUUCGAUGAUGGCGAAAACACACAGACUCAGAGGCUUUAAUAAAGUAAUAUAUAAUUAUAUACA